CAGGGGACAAAAUAGCUUUCCCACACUGGAGCAUUUGUUUCCAAUUCAAUUCGAAGAUGUUUAAUAUUGAUGGAGCUAGUUUUUGGUGUGGGAUUCUAUGUGUCUGUGGUUGUAUCCAAAUUCUGUCUUGUAAAGAUGUCUUCAUCAGCAGAAGUGACGGUAUCUACCAUGCUGAGGUCAGGGAAAACACCAUAAUAAACCCGACCCGUGUGUUAAAGAGUUCCACAGGAGAAAUCAUCGGGCUGGCGAUUGACACGCAUGACUCGUUGUUGUUUUGGUUUGACAGUGGAAACAGUGGCAUUUAUAGAGCAAACUACGACGACCUGACGAUUUCGUCCAGCUCUUCUAUUGUUUCAUAUCCAGAAAUGCAUGUAACAGGCCUUGCCGUUGAUUGGAUUAUCAAACACUUGUAUUGGACCGAUUCUGUCCAUUCGUCCGUUUUUGUUUCGGAUUAUUCAGGACAACAUCGAGUCUUGGCAGUAACAUCCAGACUUUUGUUACCUCGAGGACUAGCGGCUGAUCCCAUCAAUAAAGUUUUAUACAUCGGAGAUCAAGGUUCUCAUUUAAUCAUGAAAUGUACCAUGGACGGUUUGUUCUCCUGCACCCACGUUGCUGAAGUCCAAUCCGGAAGGAUCACCUGGCCAAACCAGCUAUAUAGUUCUACAAGGAAUAUCUUUUGGACCGAUGGUUGGGCAAACAAAGUAGUCAACUGUUCGUUAGAUCUAAUGAACUGUCGGGAAACGGUAGUCAAUACCCAGAACCUGAACAAUGGAAACACUACUUCAUUGUUUGGAAUGAUCCCCACAGCCUCCACGGUAAUAGUGUCUACCCUGAACGAUUUCGUCACAAUGUCCCUUGAUGGUAACUCAUCUACUGUACACAGCAGUUCUGGUGGCAACACGUACUACAUCGUCUCUCGUAGCAGAACCACUCAACAGAAAGAUGAAGGUAAUCCAUGUAUAAGCCAUGCUUGUUCCGAGCUGUGUUUCGCCUCUUCUGAUGACCGGUACCGCUGUUCCUGUUCUUCUUUCUCCACCAAUGUCAUGUCAACAAAUGGCAAGAAUUGUCAGCCUGCGACACGAGCCAUUUUGUAUGCAGAAAGAGCCACAGGUCAUGUGGGGCUGGUAUCCACAACAUUGAAAGGGCAUACAGUAAUAGCAAGUUCACCUGAACCACGAGCACUGGCUUACGAUCCUUUGACAAAGAUGGUGUACUACAGUGAUUCCAAACACCAGUCGAUCUAUAAAGUCGGAUUGAACGGCAGCACGCCAACUGUAUUUUUAUCAAAAGAAAACAGUAUUGGAAACGUGGAAGCAAUGACAAUAGACCAACGACAACGUCGUCUUUACUUCAUCAACCGAUUUGAUUGGGAAAUUGACAACACGACCAGAUCCAUUGUCAGGAUAGAGAUGGCUGGACUCGCCAAUGGUGAAAGAGUGCUUAUACGUCAAACACAGGACACCAUUACUGACAUCCAAAUCAUCCAUCACUCCACGGCAUCUUAUCUCUACUACUCUGUUGGCAACCCGAACCCAGCGUUGUACAAGAUGUCAAUGGACGGAAGGAUGGAGAACCCGGUGACGCUGCCGGGGUUAGUUAACCCUACCCAACUGUCCAGUAGAAGGGAGGUCUUAUAUGUACUGAACAACGACAAGCUGAUCAUCUGGUCGAAUGACUUAAUAUCCGAAUACAACCUCACGGGCCAGGCUGUAUCCAUGACAAGUGAUGAGAGAUAUGUUUACUUUGGCGUCGGAGGAAUGAGACUUUCCAAACUCAACAGAAUGAGCGGGAGGGCAAGGGCUCCAGUGCCUGCUGAUAUAGAUCCAGUAGACUUACUCUAUAUAUAUACACCAACGCCAGGGAUAGCAGCGGACUCUGGGUUGUGUGAUAACAACGACCUAUGUAAAGACGCUAGUGUCUGCUUCAAGACUGCUAACCCUGAUAUCGUCCGCUGUAAAUGUCCUGCCAACAGUUUCAACACUCCAAUCGACGGCAGUCGUGAAUGUAUAGAACCUACAAAAUAUAUCAUUGUAAGCGACGUCGACGGUAUAAAAAUGAUUUCACUGGAUGAUGAGCUGAGGAAUACGUACACAAUAGUACCUAAUGAUAAUGGCUGCCAACCCUACCAUGGUUUGGCUACUGAUGGACGGCGUAUAUUCUUUGCCGCUUACGACGGACAAAUCCUGUACACGGCCUCUAUUAAAGGUGAGGACGUGUCAGUAGAAAUGGUGUUGAGGAACAUUACCGUUGUUAAUCUGGCCUAUCAUGACAAUACACUGUUCUGGACGGGACAUUACAACUGUUUCAUGUAUAACGGAACAGUUGACGGCAUGCGUCAGUGUGAAACCAACAAUGGUAAACUUGGUGGAGUGUUUAGUCUUGAUGUAACUCCUGGUUCAUCUGGUCAACGCCAGGUCACUACCCUGGCCGGAGAUAUUUAUGACCCACAAGGCGUGAUUGCUGAUUCGAGCUACGUAUAUUGGUCCGACCCAAAACGUGUGAAACGCAUGGACCUCAAAAACCCUGCAGAAGUACCAGCCAUUGUUUCACGACGUGCCAAUGUCUUUUCAUUACAACAAAAUAAACAGCAGACACACUUAUUUCUAGGCGGGAAUGGUAUUGCCUUUAGAAGGUUCGCCACACAGAAUUUUGAUGACGCUUUGAUCUAUUCAAGCUUAUCGAACGUUCGCGGUAUGUCCGUGAAAGGAUCUUUAAUUUUCGCCUCCGAUUGGAACUCCAGUACCAUAAAACAGUAUGACUUGCGCACGCACCAGACAAGACUUAUUGCCAACCUUAGCCGUCCUAGUCAAAUUGUAGUGUUUGGACUCGAUACUAAUGUUCAAGAAAAGCCUGGUCAGUGUGAAAAAGUAAGCUCAUGCGGUGUGGUGACUAACAUGACGUGUCAGAAUGAUGUGGACUGUAUCGAUGGAUUUAGAAGUAAGUGUUGUCUAACGAAACUAAGCAACGGGUGUAGAAAAGAAUGCACGACCCCAGUGACAACGUCUGUCUGUAACAUCACGUUUAGUGACCAACCAACCUUCACCUGGGGAUACGAAACGGUCACAAACGACAAAUGUACGACUUGUAAAUGUACCAUGGAUGGACGAUCAGAGUGUUCCCAAAUACAAUGCCCUUCUCUAAAGGGGUGCACCUACAUUAUCGAGGAGUCAGGAGUCUGCUGCCCUGUUUGCCGAGAUAUAACAACCUGCAAAGAUAAACCGAAAUUUGUGGGUUGUCCCUCAAAGACAAUUGAGAUACCUCUACCAACCACUCUGCCAGAUAAAGACUCCGGCAAGCCUGUAAGAGUGUCAAUACUAGACAACACAGAACUGAGGAAUAUAACCGCAUUCAGCUGUAACCUUCAGAAAAUCACUGAGAGCAAGAAAACUUUCAGCGAGAGCAGCUUGGAAUGGCGGAAGGAAAUACAGAAAGUGUUGCUGGUCGUUAGCGAUGACAACGGUCCCGCUGUGUGUAACAUAUCUAUACGAGUGUCUGAUACUACAAAGCCUGUAUUCAGCAGCAGCUCCCCAAACGACACCGUGAUAACCACGAUCGCCAAGGACGAAAACGGAGCUGUGGUGGUUUGGACGAAUCCAGUUGCAUUUGACAACUCUGGCUUUGUACCAAAGAUUGCGACAAAUCGUACGAACGAUGCGGAACUUCCGAUUGGAAUUCAUGAGAUUAAAUACAUCGCGACAGACAAGGCAAACAAUGUUAAUGAAAUCAAGUUUUAUGUAAAUGUCUCCUACAUACCAGAUCUCAGAUGCUCCUCGCCCCCUUUCUUUCAUCAUGGCUCAAUGGAAUGUAACGAAGGCGACGAUGACGUUGUUACUUGUAUCGCAAAGUGUCAGAGAGACUUCUUACUUAAAUCUGAAUUCGAAAAAGUACACAAAUGUGCAGGCGGAAAGUGGACACCAGCGUUUAAACCUGGAUUUGUAUCUGCGUGUUUUAAACCCCAGCCAACAAUCUUAAAGAUUUCAACGGCUGUGGAAGUGGACUGUAAUGGAAAACAAACGGUAGUGGAUGAUGUCGUCGAAUGUCUAAAGCAAAGACUACCAUGUGAUGAUGCUAACAUCAAACUAUGUCAUGAGGAUGCUGUCAGUAUAGAAUACGACGGUUCGUCCACGAUAAUCAGCGUGCAGGUGACCGGAAAAGUAUCCUUCACAUCAAACGUCCAGGGCUUGAGUUCAAUGAACCAGACAUUGGAGAGAUUGGCAUCAAGUGUAGAAACAUUAUUCAGCACGGAGGAACUAAACCAAUUUUGUCCAUCUCUUGGGUGUUCCUUCGAAAGAAAACAGGGGCGGACAUACAAAAAAACAUGUGAGAAGGGGGCUGUGUUAUACCACGUACAAGGCCGAUCUAUCUGUGGUAAAUGUCCACCCGGUAACCGUUUCCUGACGAGUAACGGAAAUUCUAGAUGUGAAUUAUGUGGAGAAGGAAAGUACCAGGAGGAAGCAGGUCAGUUUGACUGCAAAGUGUGUCCAAAAGAUCGCCCGUACAGCAAGAUAGGGACCUGGCUUCCACACCGCUGCAAGCAAAAGGUUGAACCAGAAGACAGCGAGUCAUCUCUUGUGGCUAUAGUGGUUGGCGUGCUGGUCGGAUUCGUAGUUCUUAUUGUAGUGCUUGUCACUAUACUGGUCAUUGUCAAAAAACGACAGGCGAAAAGGCAUGCAGAUAUCAAUUGCCACCCUAAUCCGGCCUUUGAAUACGACGCUGUCCUUGCAGAUGAUCCUAACUACACCAGUCUAGUCACGGAUAAGUCUGGAAAAGAUCGGUACGCAAGUUUAGGAAAGGGCUCAUCUGUUAAGUACAACAAGAAUACUGAUGGUGUUGAUGUUAAGAAUGACACUGAUAACCCAUACAACCUCGUUGGGGAGCUUAAUCCGUAUGAUUCCUUGAAACAGAGAAAUUCGAAACCAGAAAAUCCCUACGAUUUGCCACCAACCAAAUGAUUGCAUGAUUCCUGUGGAAGCUGUGGACCGUUGUGUAACAUGUGAUAACCUCCGCGAGAAACAAAGUUCACUCAGAAGAUGCAGGUUGUCAAUUCUGAUGCAUCUCAGAUCCAUUUUAUAGAAAAUAAUCCAUUAGGUUAUCUACGCAAUUCUUUUUCAAAUGCGUGUCAAUCUUGGUAUUCUGAACUUUCACUCACUAUAGGCAAACAAUAACACAUGGAGAGAUGAUCUAACCAGUCAUUUGCAUCCUUGAACUUUUUGGAAUUGAUGCGAGAACAGCAAGGUUAUUUACUUUUGGUAACAACACUUACGUACAAGUGAAUUCCACUUUCCCUUUACCACAAAUUUCCUUCUGGGAAGAUGGAAAAAAUUAAUAUAACCUUGUUAUUAGUUAGAAUAAAAUGAGAGAUAUUUCUAGUUUCCACCACAACUUCCUAUCAAGCAAUGAACUGUCCAACACGACUUUGUUUAAAAUAAUCACUUCCCGUGUACCCUGUCAUUAAAAACCCAAUUAACUGGAAUGCUUUAGCACAAAAGAUGUUUAUUAUUUAAAUUAAAAUUGUAAUAAAAAAGGAAGAAAACCCAUUUAAAAAUCAAUUCAUGUAUAAAACUGAAAUCAAUGGUGUUUUGUACACUAUAUACACAUUUCUAAGGCUCAUCUCCUCAAGGAAAUAAAAACUAGUCAUUUUACAUUUUCCGUGUACGUAAAAUAGUUAAUAUGUUACUUGGUGAUAUUGCACAAGAACACAUUAUACAGCCGCUUCGUAAUUUCAAGCGCUUAGUAUUACAAAAUAUAGUUUACUCACAAGUUUGUUGUAGGGUAAAAAAAUGCAUUUUUGACAUUCAGGUUCAUAUUGUUGUGUAGACAAGUAUCACUCAAAAAUGGCGAAAGUGAUCAUCUGAUGUGUGUUUUCAGAGGAAAAGACAUACACUGUAUUUUUUUUUAUUUCAGUUUAGCAUGGCAGGAUCCCUUGUAUAAACAUGUUUAACUUUGUUCACUGUAAGAGUGAAAAAUAGCUUAUCUUUUGAGGCCAUUUUAUAUAGCUAGUCUUGUUGUACAGACACUAGUAUACCAUUUACAUUAUGCCAGCUUAUUGCCCUACAAAUAGCCACAUAAAAGAGAUUAUUGAAACAUUACUUGCAUAUUUUUUGUAUAUACCGAUUCAGUAUUCCAAAUCUAAUCUUUUUUUCUUAUUUUGGUUUCGACGUCAAAUGUUGAAAAGUGUCUAGCAAAAUAAUCAUGUCAUACAAAUAUUCCCAUAAGUUUUCCAUAAAAUACAAGUGCUUCAAAAAAAUAUUUUUUCAGUAAUUUUAUUGUAGCAGUAACACAUCAUCAUGAAUAUCCAUGACAAAAUCUUAACUAUCACAUAUAUUAUAUCUAUCAUAUAUCAUGAUAAUAUGUACAUUUUGAAUAGUGUAAUUCAUUUAUUGUUUAUAUUUUGAAACCCUGUAUAGUUGACAUAUUUCCUAAGCAUCAAGUCAUGUCUAAAUCACAUAUACAGAAAUACUUCCCAUACUAAAAGUACUGCUGAACUAUUAAAGAUUUUUUUGUUAAGAGAUGAAAUCUUCAGGAGGCUAAACAUCGACAGUGUUUCAUCAUUAACUAUGCAUAUGUAAAUAAAGGUUGUUACAAGGUUAACAGUAGAUAUUGGUGAUUACCUCAUUUAACCAUUUAUAUGGAAUUGGAAUACAAUUAACAAGGUUACUGGAAUACAGUUAACUUUGGUUAUUGGAAUACAGUUACCUUUGGUUACUGGAAUACAGACUUUGGUUACUGGAAUACAGUUAACUAGGUUACUGGAAUACAGUUAACUAGGUUACUGGAAUACAGUUAACUUUGGUUAUUGGAAUACAGUUACCUUUGGUUACUGGAAUACAGACUUUGGUUACUGGAAUACAGUUAACUUUGGUUACUGGAAUACAGUUAACUAGGUUACUGGAAUACAGUUAACUUUGGUUACUGGAAUACAGUUAACUAGGUUAUUGGAAUACAGUUACCUUUGGUUACUGGAAUACAGUUAACUAGGUUACUGGAAUACAGUUAACUUUGGUUACUGGAAUACAGUUAACUAGGUUAUUGGAAUACAGUUACCUUUGGUUACUGGAAUACAGUUAACUAGGUUACUGGAAUACAGUUCACUUAGGUUACUGGAAUACAGUUAACUAGGUUACUGGAAUACAGUUAACUUUUGUUACUGGAAUACAGUUCCAUAUAAUGGUAAAAAAUGCGGCAACCACUAAAAUUUACUGUUGUUACUGUCCUCCAUCUCAUUAAGUGGAAAAAAUUUAAUGCUCUAGGUUAAAAGUAAGGUAUUACAAUUUAUAAUUUCCUUGAUUUUGAGUAAUACAAUGUAUUAAUUUACCAGGAAGGAAGCAACAAUUUCCUAACAUAAACACUUCCUGUGCAUGGAUUAAGAGGGGUAUUGUGGUAAAAUUUCCUAAUGCAUGCCUUCACACCUUAAAUGUCCUAAUAUUUGAAGCAAGACUUUAAGAUAUAUGACAUAGUAAUAAGCAUUGUCAUGCAUUGAUUAUGCCCCUGGAUAAAAAAAAGGGGGGUAUAUUGUUUUUGUGCCUUUUGUUGGUCUGUUUCUUUGUCUGUUGCCAAUAACUAUUGCACUGCAUGAUGUAAGGCUUUAGUAUCUGACAUGUGUGUUCCUUGUGACAAGACCUUUCCCGUGGUACCAAAAUGUUUCACCAUAUGACCUUGUCCAUGACCUUUGACCUAUAUUUGAACAAUUUUAACAUUGGCCAUAACUACUGUACCACAAGAGGUAGGGCUUGUAUAUUUGGCAUGCAUGUUUCUUGUGACAAGACCUUUCAGGUGGUACUUAACUUUUCACUAAGUGACCUUGACUGUGACCUUUGACCUACAUUUCAAAAAUUGUGCAUGCAAUUAGCACAUGCCUUACACAGUACAGUUUUAAUGUCUCACUUCAGAAUUUUGUUGCAACCAGGGGUAUAGUGUUUCAUAAACACAUUUUAUUUUUGUCAUGUAUUCCUUUUUAAAGUAUUUUACAUGUAAACAACUUUUGUUAUCAUACACAUUGACAAUAUAUUACCUAUAUUAAUUUGUCUCGUUUUCUUUCAGUUAUAAUGUUCCUUAGAUAAAUAGUCAUUACUAUUAUCAAAAGUUGAUGUAAAUAGAAAUAAAAACGUUGUUUAUAUAAAAAGAGAUGUUUCUUUAUUGAAAGUAACAAAGAUUGAUCAACUGACAGAAAACCUGAGGGACAAUGGUUACCGUGUUAUCAUGGUUAUCAUGUAAGAAGCCCAAAGAGCUGACACAUCUCAAUGUCAAGGGUGAGCUCAUAGCAAGACAAUAUUAAACAUUUGUUGCAAAUUCUAUUGUACUGCAAUAAAGAUGAAUGGGGUCAUUUCCAGGCAUGGACUUAUGGUCAGAAAACACCGGAUUAGCUUGUUUGUGACAUAACGAACUUUCCAAAAUCAAAUCUGACUGCUGUGAAAUCUCUGCUAUUGGGUUCUUAGUACUUACUUAAAUGUCUACGCCUGAAUUUUUUGCUACAUGUACAGUAAUAGUUGAAAUGAUGUACCAUCCACCUGUAUCGCUUUUUCAGAAGGUUAUUCCUGUGAAAAAUCUAACCAAUCCAAGGACUAAAUCAUCUUUAUCCAUGCACUUCAAGCCUGUUACUGUAAUCAAAGCUCUACUGGUUACUCAAUUGUAUGAGCAGUAUUAUCUUGGGAAACGUGUAGAUGUUUUAUUGGAGAAGCCAUGAAAUGAAAUAUUGCAGUUUUUUGCAUGUACCUUUUAUUUACCUUGUUUUCUGAAAUAUAUCCAAUGACAAUAAAGAUUGCUGUAAAU